AUGACGGGUAAGAGGACAAAGGCAACGGGAGAUAACCUGGUCAACGCAGGAGCGGCCGAAGCAGCCGGCGAAGGGGGAUCGGGCCAGAUGCUGCCAGCCAACCAAAACGACAUAGAAGCCGCCAGGGAUACUUUGAGCGGGAACAUAGACCAGCCGACUCUUCACCAGCUGCUGCUGGGCGUCCUGUCAGCAGCGCAGGCCAACGCCCCAAAAGCGCCAGCCAGGGAUCCCCAGACAGCACCGCCUCGGGAUCGCUCUCCUGACGUUGUCAUCACAAAAGACGUGACCAUCAUGCCAUCCGCAAGAGAACAGCUAGCAGCAAUAAGGACGGAAGUUCAAGCGAAUGACGCACCGAAGCUGACAGCCCCACACGAGCAGCGGGAGCAGCUCGACGAAGGAACGCUAAUGCUGCUAGAGACCGCCAUCACCGCGCUGGAUGCGAACGAACCCCAGCUGGCCGUCGCGGGAGAAUGCCUCAAGAUCGCUCACCGCCGCCUUAAGUGCUACUCCGUUGCUCUGGCCAAGGCGGCCCCAGGAGCCAACGGUAAUUUCACGGCCCCCUACGAAAUCUGGCACGGCAGGCGGCGCAACUUCACCAAGCCCGAGUUCAAACCAGAGGCCAUAGAUAAGGGCGACAUAGAGAGUGCAUUAGCUAAAACGCGCAAGUCGGUGGCGGCGGACAGGGACGGUCAGGCCGGGUCCCUCUGGCGAGGGAGAGACCGGCAGGGUGGAGUGCGGGAUUCGUUUGGUAGUGCACGCCGGAACGACCGCAGCCGCUAUGACCGCUACGACCGGCGCAGCCAGCGUGACCGAAGCCGCUCUCGCAGCCCGGCUAAGCGUGGCUGA